AGGGAGAUCAAGGUGGAGUGUUGUCUUCCCAAGCGAGUUGAUGCCCAGAACUUGGAGAAGUUGGUCACCAGGUCAAACGACAGCAGAUUCUUUGUGUUUGUGAAUAAAAGGGCUGUGAAAAUGCCGGAAAUUCGAAAGUUGGUCACGAAAUAUUUUUUCCGAGACGGAGAAGGUGGACGUGUUCCCGUGGGAGCUGUGAUGAUUUCUCUGAAUCCCGCCGGAGUCGAUGUCAACUUGGAACCCAAUAAAACCCGGGUUCUCCUCAGUGAUCAGGCAAAAGUUUUAUCCAAGAUGGAAAAACUUUUGGAAGAUUUUUAUGGACCCUUAUUGAUGACAAGCCGAACAGGGGAAUCAAUAACUCCUCCAUCAAUCCCAGCCUCAGUGGAUUCAAUCCUUGAAACAACCACAGAAGAACUGAAUGAUUCCUNACCCUUAUUGAUGACAAGCCGAACAGGGGAAUCAAUAACUCCUCCAUCAAUCCCAGCCUCAGUGGAUUCAAUCCUUGAAACAACCACAGAAGAACUGAAUGAUUCCUGCUGUGUAGAACCAAUCAGUGCCCCAGCAGUCAUUACAAAAAGCCUUCCAGCAAAGCCUGGUCAGAAGAGAGGAUUGGAGGAAAUAGUUCAAAAAUCAACCGCCAGGGUUGAACAGCCACAACAGCAAAAGCCUCAGGAACCACAACCACCACCAAAAAAACCAAAACCUAUGACAGAGUUUUUCACUCCACCUGACUCUGAGCUGGAUGCUCUUUUAUCUGAUGGAGAAGAUGAUCUUUUUGGGCAGGUUCCUAUGAUGCUGGAGGAAUCAAAAAUGGACGAGGAACCCGUGGUGUUGGAUGCUGUUGCCUGGGCUGAGGGCAAAACAUUCCCGGAAUCCCAAGAACCCGUGAAAAUAUUCUGCCCCAAGCCUUCGGAAAUCAGCGUGGACCGGAAAUUGAGUAAUGUUUCGAAAUCCGGAAGCGUUUUGGUUGGUGGGAAAAUUCUGAACAAGCCACUGACUGCCCGCGAAAUGUACGAAAAAGAAACCCGUCGGAAAAUUGUUUCACAACGUCAGAAUGUGAGUCUCUAUGACCUGGAAAAGAGUGUGACUGAGGGUUGGAAGGCCUUGGAUCCGUCCCAACGUUCUGCUUAUGAAGAAAAGUCUCAGCUGUUGGCGAAUGAUUUCAAGAGCAGAGUUUUGAAGUUGAAGACGAAUCCGUUGCCACCUUCACCGAAAAUCACAGGGUAUGUCCAGUCAUUCAAGAGAGAGCCCGUGAAAACAGCAGAGCUGAAAAUGGAGGUACAAUUCGAUCUGGACGCAAUCAGGUCGCAUGCUCCAGAGGUUCCCAAGCCUGACCUCGGUCUUCAGGUCAUUGGUCAGCUCCAAAAUGGCUUCUGGGUCGUGCGAAGUCAGCGGAACAUUAUUGCUCUGUUGAAUCACCACAGAUUGGCUGAGGUGUCCUUGCUUCAACAGCUCAAGACAAGCAUGGACUUCAGUGGCAGUGCUAGAUGGCGCCAGUGGGAGCACUGCGUCUUGUACGAUGAUCUGACGAACAUUCUGCCAACGCUGGCAAGUGAUCCUAUCGACCAAACUGUGAUUGAUCCGAGGAUAACUAAAAACGGACUUCAGGUCAACGUAGUUGAAACAGAAGACGGCAGAGUUGGUGCGUGUAUCAAAGCGUCGAUACACGAGUCUUCAGAAGCAGCCGCAGAUGACCUCAGGCAUAUUUUGCAAACAAUCGCUGAACAUCCACGUUGCUCUCUGCAGGAUUGCAGAUCGAGCAAUGUGGAUGUGAUGUUGAAGGAAGAAGUUUGUGAAAGGAUGAAGACGUCUCCUGAAACUUCAUCAAGGGUGGAGCUUUUGGCACAGCUAAUAUUGGCAGAGCAGUUGAAUAUUCAUGUUCCAGCAGCAGUUUGUCCUUCUGGAAAUCCUUGUGUGGUAGUAUUAUUUGCCAUGCUACCAGUGCCGAUGGUCGUGCAGUACAACGACCCGCCGACGUUGAGUUUCACGUAUUCGCUGGCAUUCUCGGCUACAGCUUCCCUGUGCUGCUCGCCCGACAUCCUCGACGGAUUCUUUCUCGAAGCCACUGGCGCA